AUGGGUUAUCCAAAGCUCCUGCAGGGUGCUAGGGCACUGGAAAUUGGGUAUAGGGAUUGGGUUAGGGGACUGGGCAGUGGGUUGUUGACACAACUCGCCCUAUCUAUAGAAUCAACAAACGCCCUUGAUUCACUAUUUAAUUGUGCCCACAUUGUAAUGGGUCAAGCGCUCGCCAACACAAUCAGCAGUUGUCCGAUGGAUAACUCAAAGAAGGCGACACCCGGUAUACACCAAACCUUGGCUCUAACAUCUAACGCUCCAUUUGCAGUCGCACAUCCUGAUCUAUCUUCUUCUAUUACAUCUCUCAAGGCUAUCAAAGAAGCUGCUGAAGGUAUACCUCAAGUUGGCCGUUCAAUCGAGGCGACAAGCGAUGCAAUGAUUCUUGUGCUGGAAACUAUCAGAAAAUGUAAAGGAAAUCGAGAUGGAUGGAGAGAGUUAGCGGAAAUCAUCCAAGAGAAGAACCAGCGUGUGAUCUCUUUAUUGAGACUAUAUUCAGAGGCACCUGACAAGUAUAAUGACGUACUGGAACAAGCGAAUAAAUACCAAAACGAUAUGAAGAAGGAGAUAGAAACCGAGUUGGAGAAAGGAUCAGGACUCCAAGGUUACUGGGAAAGAAUGAAAACUCGAGGGCGAGAAACAAUCUUGUCAGAAAUCAACGCGAAGAAAAUUGUGGGCUAUCGAGAGCGACUGCGUGAUCUGGCACUCAGCACUACGGAGGCAGUCGGGCAACAAAUGAUAGGGAAAUUGAACAAAAUUGAGAAACGAUGGGAAGAGCAGGUUCUAGAAAAAUUUUCUUGGUCGCAUAAGAUGGCUCUCAAGCCGCGUCCCCCACUUGUUGCUGGAUUCGUCGGACGCGAUGAUAUCCUCGAGGUAAUGCGUAGUACGCACUUUGGGAGCGCGCCUGCUUCCCAAACUACACCAAGAGUGACGGUUCUGACGGGUCUGGGUGGAUCCGGCAAAACACAAAUUGCAUUGAAGUUUGCAUCUGAAUUCGAACAAAAAUGCAUCCACCCAAACAACACUAGAAACCGACUUGAAGACACUCGUACGAUCCCAAUCCCGUAUCGAUACCGAUGCACUCAUCUGGCUAGCAAAAACAAAGCGGGACUGGCUCGUCAUCAUGGACAAUGCGGACGAUCCUUCACUCGACUUG